AUUUUAAAGCAGAUUCCCUGCGUGAUCGGCUGUGUCUGUGAGACUGAGUGGCCUGCUGUGACGUCACUGAUGUCAGUUAGAAUCUGAAGCUCUGAACUUUCCGCCGUUCAUUCUUAUGGGAGGAUUUUAAUAUUUAAACUUCAUUUUAUUAAAAACUGCCAAUCCGAUCGACUCCAAAUAUACAGAGCACAAGUCACAGCGCCGAGACCUUCGAAACGCAGUUUGAACAGAGUCUGACCGUUAAGCGGUUCGGAGCUGAGGGAUAACAGUAGAGCACUUUUUCAAGCCCUCUAAUGACUGUAAGUUAGUCAACACUACAGAUGGUAGUCUAGCAUUGCCUGAGGGGAAAAGCAAGGCACAGGCGUUUCAGUGACAGCUGUAUUGUAGGAGAACUUAUCUAUAGAAUGUAUUGUGUUGCUUAUUAUCUCAUCAUCCUGAAGAGUCUGGGCUUAAUUUAGCUCAUUGUCAAGGGGAUCUGGCUCUGCCUAGACCUGUCGGCGGCGAGCUGUGUCCAAGUGGUUUGCCCCACCAGCUGCUUGAAGCUUUGAUUUCAGAUGGGGUGCACAUAGUGGCUGAGGAAGAGUGAGACUACCAGGCUUGUUUUUAUUGACCGUGUGUGAGCAGAAUGUUGCCGGGUGUGGGUGUGUUUGGGACUGGCCGGACGGUGCGUGCUCUGGUGCCGUUGCUCCAAAAGGAAGGCUUUCCUGUUCAAGCUGUCUGGGGCCGGACUCAGGAAGAAGCAGAGUGCUUGGCUAAUGAGCUGGACAUCCCCUUCUCUACCAGCCAGUCGGAUGAUGUCCUGCUGCAUCCAGAGGUUCACCUUGUGUGCAUACUUACACCGCCGCCGUACACUCGCCAGAUUGCGGUGAAAGCUUUAGGAAUAGGAAAGAACGUGAUCAGCGAGCAGGCUGCCACGUUAACAGACGCCUGUAAGAUGGUGACAGCAGCGCGGUAUUACCCUCAAUUGAUGAGCAUCAUGAGCAAUGCCCUGCGCUUCCUUCCUGCUUUUGUCUUGAUGAAACGUCUUCUUGGGGAGGGUUACUGCGGGACAUUGCAGGUGUGUGAAGCGCGUGUAUAUGGAGGCUCUCUGCUUAGUCAGUCGUAUGGCUGGGCAUGGGAGGAGCUGAUGGGGGGCGGCGGCCUGCACACAGUCGGUUCUUGCAUUAUUGACCUCCUGAGCCACUUGACGGGGGGCCGGGCUGUUCGUGUGCAUGGAAUGCUGCGGACCUUUGUGCGUCAGGGAAGCACUGGAGGCGGGAUCCGCUCUGUGACUGCUGACGAUUACGCUUGCUUUCAGCUACUGAUGGGUGGGGGUGUGGUCUGUAGUGUGACACUGAAUUUUAACCUCCCAGGUGCUGACCUGCAUGAGGUUAUGCUGGUGGGGUCUUCUGGAAGACUGGUUGCCAGGGGGACUGAGCUGUACGGUCAGCAAAAUGGCACACAUGGGGAGAAAAUUCUUUUGAGUGGCUGCGAGUCCGGCGCUGGACCAUCUGUCACAGGACUGAACGCUAUGGUGACUCAGCUCCGCCUGUCUUUCCAGGCGCAGGAGGACAGGCGCUCAUGGGCACGGCAUCCGGUUUCCAUGGCGGCUACUUUCGAGGAUGGGCUGUAUGUUCAGACGGUUGUUGAUGCUAUCAAACGGUCAAACCGCACUGGAGAGUGGGAAGCUGUGGAAGUCAGGACCCAGGAUAUAGAUCCAAACCAUAACCACAGAACCCCUCCUAACUAACGUGCUACUUUUCUUUUUCUCCUGUUUCUACCCAUCAUGGCUUGCGUGCCUUUACACUGAAAAGUCUAUGGCUUUCGCCAACUGGUCUAUUUAAUUUAAACACAGCAUAAAAACUGAUUAACUUAAUAUGAAGCUUAUAUUUUAGGGUUAAGAACCUCUUGUUUUAUUUUGUGUAGGGCUGAAGAAACACUGGAGUUACAUUACUGGAAGCAAGACUUUUACGUACUCUGACAUAGUCUACAAGAUUAGCUGUGAAAAAUUCCUUUUUUAUAUUAUUUUAUUUACACAUGUUAAAGCUUAUAAAUAAAUGUUCAUAAAGGAUUUAGACAGUGUUUUAAUAUAGAGAAACUGCUUUUACUGUGCUCGUUUUACUUGUGAGCACAAAGCCAUGCUUUGUUGAAAAGGACUUCCGCCGGUUUUUCAAAGUUCCUGCAUAAUUAAAUGGUUAAGAUGUAAACAAAGUCAUUCAGAGUGGUCUCCUGUGAAAUUUGCUGAUCUAGAGAAACUUGGAGUCAGAAUUCUUCACAGCAAUUUACUUCCUGUAAAAGGUACAUCAAAGUCAUUAAAUGAAAUGGUUAUAAAUAAGCUGCCUGAUGCCCGAGUCAUUAUUUGUAGGUACAAUAUUGGCCUGAAACGUAAAUGACGUUAGUGAUAGUUUUGGGCAGAGGCCGUAUUUGUGUUGUGGCUAGUGUGACCCCUGUUUCCCAGUUCUUACCACAACUGUAAAGAAAUCUGAGCACUUCAGAGUAAAGCAUUUCACAUGAGACCACUCUGAAUGACUUGUGUUGGUGGAAGUCCCAUUUUAAUUGAACUGAGAAGACUAAUUAAAAAAGCAUCCAAGAUAGAUGUGUAUACUGAACCUGCCGAUGUUUGGCUUCAGUGCAUCUCUUGCUGUAAUAUUCUACUGGUGGUGUAUUAGAAGCUGAUUUCUAAUAAGCUGCGCAAAAGUUGCCGAAUAUAUUUGUGUUAUUUCAGGCUUUGUACUUUUUGUCCGCACUUAUUUAUGUGUAUUUAAGAUACAUAGAGAAAAUGGGCUUAGUUGAGUGUUUAACUUUAUGGUUUAAUAAAUGCUUUCCUAAUUUAACAAAAUAUUUUUGUGUGUUUGCACCCAAUUUUAGUCUACACAGUAUGGCAGAGCAGUAUUGUGACUGUUUUAAAUUAUGAUUACUUUCUAUAAAUUAGGGUCUAGUCUUGCCAGGAAGACCAUCCAAUCCACUUUUUUGGCCCUUGUUUCGUGUGCAUCAUGAGUGUGGCUUUUGAUGUGCCUCUCCUCUACAGGCAGCUCAAAAGCGCCAUGUGAUUAGAUGACCUAAGCGCACUAACCUGUACGCCGUAAUAAAAAUUAAAAGGUUGUGGCCUGGCUGAA